AUGGCGGAAAGUGGUAAUGAAAAUACUGGGCAUGAUGCAGUCCCUGGGCGCGUCGAGGAAAUAUUGUGCAAGCCAUGUUUAAAUAAGGAUAAAUAUAGUGUCGCAGAUAAGUUUUGUUCGGCUUGUAAUGAAUACCAGUGUACAGAUUGUUUAAAUGUACAUAACAUGCUUCCCAUCUUGAAAAGUCACAAAUUGGUCAAUGUCAGUGAAGUAAAAACAAAACAAGGCACGUUUGAUAUGAAAGGAUUAGAUCAAUGCGAUCAGCAUCACAAACUUCUAGAAUUCUUCUGUGAAGAUGAUGACCAGCUUUGCUGCAGUACUUGUGCUAUUGUUGAUCACCGUAAAUGUCACAGUGUUGUAGAAGUACAGAAAAUCGCCGGAAAAUUUACCUCUCAAGGUUCAAGCUUAAAGGGAAAAUGGCAAGAAGUAAAAGAGAAUGCAAAGUAUGUUGUUAAAACCAUUGUCUCGUCAAUAGGGCAAGUUCAACUUGAUGCUAAAGAAAUACCAGGAACAAUAAGGCAAAUGCGAGACAGAGUUAUUGAAAUGUUUGAAGAUUUGGAAACUUCUGUUGUAAAGAAAGUUGAGGAUUUUAAGACAGAGACUAUUGAAAAACUUAAUAAGAAGCAAUCAAGGAAUGAGGGAUAUAUAGCUGACGCAACACAAAAUCUUGACACCAUUAAUAACGUUUAUAAAAAUGGUACGUCGGUCCAGCAAUUUAUUGUAGAAAAGAAAAUGCAAGAAGAUUCCAAAAAUCUCUUCACCAAAGUCAAUGCAGAAUGUCAGAACUUAGAGACCGUGCUUAUUUCUUUCGAAUUCGAUGACAAAUUGAAUAUGUCCCUACUGCCGACUUCUACCUAUGUGCCGGGUCAUCUUACUUUGAAGUUAGAACCUUUAGAAACUGCGAGUCCAAUGAAACUUACACCAGUUAUUUCCAUAGAUUUGAAGCAAAAUGAGGAUGAACCUAAUGAACCAUUGUAUGCUGGAUUAGAUUUUCUACCUGAUGGUAGACUGGUUGCCGUGGAUAGUAAUAAUAAGAAAUGCUUAGUUUACAAUGAGAACCUUGAGAAAGUAGGUUCAUAUCAGUUUUCUUACAAACCUAGAGACCUUGCUGCUGUUUCUAAUGAAGAUGUGGUUGUGACAAGCGGUGAAUUUUAUAAAAUGGAUUUUUUGAAAAUAAGCGAUAAUAAUAAGAUAUCAUUGAAUAGAACUUGCCAGGUGAAGACAAAGUACCGCUCUAUAUGUCUGAAAGAUGAAGACCAGUUUGUUGCAGGGACUUUUGAUGAUGUACGGCACGUUCGCAUCGUAUCAUUUUCUGGAGAAGAGGACGAUUUCAAUGUCAACUUCCCGAACAAAAAAUAUAUUGAACGCGCAAGUACUUGCACAUAUAUAAAAAGUGCACACAAGAUUGUUCUCACAGAUAGGUAUGAAAACGUUGUCUACAUAUAUGAUAUCAAGACAAACACGAAGGUCGUAGUGAAAUAUGAUCAGAUACAGGAACCACGUGAUGUAGCAGUUGGUCCCUCUGACACUAUCCUUGUUUGCUGUGAAAUGACACAAAGCAUUGUUCAAAUAUCUCAAAUAGGCAAAAUCUUAUCAAUAUACAAGAUAGACAUGAAAUAUCCCUGGCAAAUCUGCGUCUCAAGGUGCAAUUCGUUUUGUGCUGUUACAAACUCUUGUAAACGUAGUAAAAAACUGCAAAAGUUCAAAAUAUCAUAA